AUGGCGGCCAGCUGCUACCAGAAUUUUCUCAAACUCUGUGAGGAAUGGCCAGUGGACAAGACCAAACGAGGCCGGGACUUGGGCGCUUAUCAGUGGGAGCGGGUAGCGCACGCCUUUCGGGAGGGAGAGAACACCCAGAUUGCAGAGCCUGAGGCCUGUGAUCAGUUGUACGAGAGCUUAGUACUUCUCCAUUCAAACUACUACAAACACAAGUACCCUCGCCCCAGAGACACAAGCUUCAGUGGCCUGUCCCUGGAAGAAUACAAACUGGUCCUGUCCACAGAUACCUUGGAAGAGUUUAAGGAGAUGAAUAAAGGCGUGUGGAAGGAACUGCAGGAGAAGUUUGCCCCCAAGGAUCCUUAGGAGAAUCAUAAGGCCUGGGCUAGGGCCUUAUCGUGA